AUGUUCGGCUCAAGCUCCUCUUUUGGAGCGAAACCGUCAAUUUUUGGUAGCACAACGGCAACCACCGCAACCACUAACCCUAAUGCAGAAGAUAUUGCUGUCGAAGGGUCGCCGGAUGACACAGUGCAAGUGCUUCGGUUUAGCCCGAAUCCGAACGAAAAACCAUUGCUAGCGGCAGGAAGUUGGGAUGGUGUUGUUCGGGUAUGGAUGGUGAAUGAUAAUGGACAGUGUGAGGGAAAAGCACAACAAAAUAUCCCUGCUCCUGUUCUUGAUCUCUCCUGGACAGAUGGAAUAACUACUCUUGGUUUAAUGACUGGAUCAUGGGACAAAACGUUACGGUUUUGGGAUAUGAGGCAAUUACCAACUCAGUCUUCGUUAGCGAAUAUAACGCUUCCAGAACGGGUGUAUUGUGCUGAUGUAUUGUACCCAAUGGCCGCAGUGGGUUUAGCAAACCGCCAUAUAAAGGUGUAUAAUCUGGAAAAUGGGCCUCAAGAAGUGAAAAAUAUUGAAAGCCAGUUGAAGUUCCAGCAUCGAUGUGUGUCGAUUUUCAAAGACAAAACAAAUUCCAUGCCUUGUGGUUUCGCGGUUGGAUCUAUAGAA